AUGAAGGCAGUAAACUACUCGGGACCGUUCAAAGUGACGGUCCAGGAUGUGGAGAAGCCGGGCAUCGAGCACCCAGAUGAUGUAAUUGUCAAAGUUACGACUUCAGCGAUUUGCGGGUCAGACCUGCACAUGUACGAAGGCCGUACAGGUGCUCAGCCCGGUAUCACAUUUGGGCAUGAGAACAUGGGCAUUGUUGAAGAGGUUGGAUCUGGUGUCACCUUGCUGGAAAAGGGUGACCGUAUAGUGAUGCCCUUCAACGUUGCGGACGGUCGCUGCCGUAACUGCGAGGAGGGGAAGACAGCAUUUUGCACCGGAGUGAAUCCCGGCUUUGCGGGCGGUGCUUAUGGAUAUGUGGCCAUGGGACCUUACAGAGGAGGCCAAGCUCAAUAUCUCCGAGUCCCCUACGCGGACUUCAACGCGCUGAAGCUGCCUCCGGGAGACGAACACGAGGCGGACUUUAUCCUUCUCGCCGAUAUUUUCCCGACAGGCUGGCAUGGGGUCACCCUUUCAGGUUUCCAGCCGGGCGAGACCGUUGCAGUAUUUGGUGGCGGACCAGUAGGACUAAUGGCUGCCUACUCCGCUGUAUUGCGCGGUGCCAGCCGUGUCUUCCUCGUCGAUCGUGUUAAGGAGCGCCUUGACGCUGCAGCAAAGAUAGGGGCCCAGGCAGUCAAUUUCGAAGAGGUUGACCCUGUUGAGAAGAUCAUCGAGCUGAAUGGAGGCAUGGUGGACCGUUCUGUUGAUGCAGUGGGGUACCAAGCUGUGAGUAAGGGUGGGUCGAGCGAGGUUCCCAAUAUCGUCCUGGAAAACAUGAUCAAGGUCACUCGCGCAUGCGGCGGUCUGGGCAUUCCAGGCCUUUACGUGCCUACGGACCCGGGAGCGCCCGACAAGGCGUCAGGAGAAGGAAAGAUCUCCCUGAGCUUUGGAAAGCUCUUCGAGAAGGGCCUGUCCCUGGCAACCGGUCAAUGCAAUGUGAAGGCGUACAAUCGCUAUUUGCGCGACCUGAUCAUUGCAGGGAAGGCAAAACCUAGUUUUGUUGUGUCUCAUGAGAUCGAUAUUGAUGACGCUCCAACUGCGUAUGAGAAGUUUGACAAGCGGAUUGAAGGAUAUACCAAGGUUCUCAUUCAUCCUAACGGACCUGUUGCUUCCCUUGUUGAUGAAGAGGUUAUCGCAGCAUCUUCGAAGGGUGCCGGUGUAUGGGGCGUAGGUGGCAAAGGGAUUAGGAGCGUUGAGAAAACAAUCAAAAGCUGGGUGUAG